AUGCCCCCCAAGUCCAUCCUCAAGAAGACGCCGGCCGUGGCUGCCAAUGCCCCUCGCACAACCAGCCCCGCCGCCAAAGCAGUCAACCCGCGCCAUCUCGCAGUCGCCCGCCACCAUGCCUCCGUGCUCGAGGACCGCAAGCGCGUCGAGGCAGAGGUCCUGCAGGCCGUCAUGACGCUGAUGGAUUUCCCCUCGUCGCCAGACGCCGAUGCAAAGCGGCCCACGCCCGCCGACGCCCGCUUCUUCCAGACGGCAAUCAUUCCCUUCCAGCCCGCCGACUACGACGCCCUGAUCGAGGAGCGCAACAUUGCCGACAAGUGCGGCUAUGCCCUGUGCCCCCGCCCCAAGAGCAAGGCCCGCUCAACCGCCAAAAAGCAGUUUGUCGACACAGAGGACGGCGUGCAGAUUGUCGACCGCAAGGUGCUCGAGGUGUGGUGCUCCGACGACUGCGCGCGCCGGGCCCUCUAUGUCAAAGUCCAGCUGAGCGAGGAACCCGCCUGGCUGCGGCACGGUGGGUACGGCGACAAGAUUGAACUCAUGGUGGAAAACGAAGAGGAGCAUCGUGUUACCCUGCCCCUGCGACCGAAGCAGCCAGUCACCUCCACCAAGGACCAGGAUGAAGAAGAAGAUGUGGAUGCAGCCUGGGCCGCCCGUGAAGAUGCCAUGGCUGACCUGGCUCUCGAGCGAGGAGAAAAGCCAGGCCAGGCUACCAAGGCGAACAGCGACCUCGUCCAAGACCAGAUCCUCGAGCGUCCUCUGAACAAUGCGCCCCCGCAACCGCCCUCGCUUCCCACGCAGACAUCUGACCACACCAUGGCCAUUGAAGGCCACGUUCCGCGCAUCAACCGAAAGGAUAAAGAUGAUGAUGAUGAAGAUGACCCACAGGACUGGGAAAAGCACCUACCAGGAUGA